AAAAAAAGAAGCUUGCCACUCACCUCGUCUGCGGGUCGUUCUUGCGGGCCGAGAACGACAACUGGUGCCGAAACCCGGGAGCCCUACCUUUAGACGCAGAACGAGGAUCGAGGUAAGAGCAACGAUAAGGAUGCGCCUGCUCCACUUUGGGUGCCGGAACGCCUCACCAGGCUGGUGGCCGUGGAACCUGUGGAGGAUGCUGGUGAUGAUGAUGAUAGCGACGACGACUGUCCUGCAGCCUGUUCCCAUGAAGGCGGAGCCAGUUCAACUGUGGCCGAGACAAGAGACUGCCCAGCUUCAGGCCCUUCUUCAAAUGGCUCAGCAUAGAGUGCAUUCUUCUCACCCGAACUCAUGUUUGCUACUGACGCUUAUUUUUAUGCAACAGGUGUUGGCAGCCCAGGGCUCAUUAUAUUGGGCAUACGUCCCCGAUCCACCCCUGUUACAGCCCGUGGGUUGGGAUGUGGGUUCUAUUCCUGUAUAUGUUAAUGAUACUGUCUUGCUAGGCCCUCCCUCUUCUGUUCACCUCCGGCCACAGCAGGCUGCCAUAUCUUACAUGGGCUAUUCUGAUGUAUAUCCCAUAUGCUUUGUGAUGAAGCGCACAAUAUCACGCUGUUUGAGUGUUUCCCCGCGAUCUGGUUAUAGUGAUGUGAGUAUAGCUGGCCUUGACACUACCUAUAGCACCAUAGUGACUUCUGGUAUAGCCCCACGGGAUAUUCCACUUUGUGCAGCUAACUUAAGUAUAGCUAAGGGAAUUGGAGUACCCUGGAGGCUCUGCCUAGGACAAAAAGCUACUAAGUACUCACUAGAGGAUAGAUUUGAGCUUUGGGAUUGGGGGCCUAUAAUAUCUUCCGGAUGUCCUGAAUGCCGUCCGAAAAUACCCCCAAUUCUCACUCCUCAACGUGGCUAUCCGGUGCAAACUGAGAUUUGGAAACUUAUUGCCGCCUUUGGAGGCGCCACCCUCCUUGUUCCGCAAACCAGUAACGCUAAGACCAUAUUUGGAUAUGAGAAUAUUGGACUAAUACUCAGAUACCCCCAAGCCUGCGUGCCCCAUCCAUUUAUGCUAGUUGUAGGAAACCUUACAGUAAAAAAGGAAAAUGCCACUUAUCAUUUCUCUUGUUAUAACUGUACCCUAACCAAUUGUAUUCGAGGAGUGCUGCCAGGCGAUGGAUUAUUAGUGGUAAAACAGCCCCCAUUUAUUAUGAUCCCAGUUAAUAUCUCCAAACCAUGGUAUUCUAACCCCGGCUUAGAGUUGUGGGAGCGUGUACAGGCUGCCCUAAGCCGACCCCGACGAGAGCUAGGAUUAUUGUUACUCGGGAUAGUCUCCUUAAUCACCCUAAUUGCAACAGCUACCACAGCGUCUGUGUCCCUUGCUCAGGCUGUGCAUACUGCUGAUACUGUGGAUCAGCUCGCACAUAACACUUCUGCCGUGCUGGGAGUUCAGGAAGAUAUAGAUAAAAGGGUUGAAACCCGGUUAAAUGCACUAUAUGAUACUGUUAGAUUUCUAGGGGAGGAAAUUCAGAGCUUAAAAUUGCGCACCAGGAUCCGGUGUCAUAGCGAUUAUCACUGGAUUUGCGUAACCUCUAAAAAAUAUAAUGCCUCUGAGACUUCGUGGGACCGAGUACAACGCCAUCUCGAGGGGGUAUGGUCUAACUCUAAUCUAUCCCUUGAUCUGUUGCAAUUACAUCAAGAAAUAUUAGAUAUUGAAGAAGCUCCUCAUGCCAAGUUAACUGUUGCUCAGCUUGCUGAAAACUUUGUAAGCUCCUUGUUUUCUCACUUCCCUUCCCUGACGCACGCAUGGUAUGUUGUAGGAACAAUUAUAGGAGUGCUAGUGGUAAUUGUUCUUUUCAUGUGCCUCUUGCCUUGUGCGGUUAAAAUUAUACUCGCAGAAGUUUAUAAGUUAAGAGCCAUCAUACGUAACCAUCAGCUAAUCAACCGCGGUGGGCUCAGAAUGUCACCUUGAGCGCCACCCAGGUAUCUCUUGGCUCCGUCAGAGAUUUGGUUAGUAUGUUAUAACAAUCAGUCUCAUUCUUCAAAAACUGGACAGGCAUAGGAGCCCUGAUUAUGUUGAUGAUUCUGGCUCAAGUGCUCCUUCUAUAAUGCAUCGCACGACAACAACGGCUACAGCAAUGGGCUUUGGUCUAAGCCAUGACGGCUCUGGAGGCUGGCACCUCCCCCCCCCCCAAAUAUGGCUUAGCAUGCUGGGUCGGUAGCCAAAGACGGGUAAGACUGAUCCCUCACCAUAGCAACCUAAGACAGGGGCUCCUCGGCCAGGGGGAGUACCCGAUGACGGGUAAGCAUGUGUGCUGAGGAUUGGCAACCUAAGACAGGCACGAUCCCUGCCGUAUAAACAAUAAAAAAGGGGGAGCUGUGGAGAGCCAUUCAGCAGAUGCAAGGAGUCACAUAGACGGCAGUGCCUGUAGAUUGAGGAAAUGAGAAUGAUUGGUUUAGGAGGAUGUGGGUGCACUCGUGGCUGACGCAUGAGCAGCACCAGGAGCCAAGAGAGAAACGCAUGAUCACCGCUAGAGA